AUGGACGCGAUAGAGUUAGCUCUUCGCAAAUGUUUACAUGUCCUUGUCUCUUCGAAUACAAUUACUGAACGAAAGAGAAAUGUUGAGACUUUUGUUGAAUUACUGAAAGAUAAUCGAACUCAUGAAUUACUUGAUAGUCAAAUUUAUGAUGAAAAUACUACAAAACAUUCAACAACAUGGAAUGAAAUGUUCAAUAUUAUUCGAGAAUAUACUAUCAAUGAAUUAUCGAAUAUUCGAACAAAAUCAGGAAAAACUGCUACACCUGAUAUUAAAUAUCAAGAAAGUUUAAAAUUAUUUAAAACUCUUAUUGAAAAUUCUAAUACACGUAUAUCUAAUAAUAAUCAUAUUUAUAAAAGUACUUGCAUAUUUAUCUUAGGUGGUCCUCAACUUGAUGCUCGUUCUCUUAUUGAAUCUAUUCUUUCAAUAAUAACUAGUGAAGUAUGGUCAUCAUGUACAAUACUCAUAAAAGAACUGAAUCAUUUAUUAAUUAACAAUGUUCUUUGUUUUCAUAAAUAUAUUAAUGAAUUACGUGAACAAGAAUGGAUUGAUUUAUGUGUAUUAUAUAUGUCAUUAUUGAAAACUUCUGAUAAAUCAUCUCGUGAAAAUGAUCAAUCACUUUAUAGUUCAUAUUUAAAAUUUUUGAUAGAAAAAUUAGUUGUUUAUAAUGAUUUAGAUUCCAGUAAAUUAUUGAUUAGAAAAGAAUUAUUAGAUUUUUUUCAAAAUGAAAUUGAACAACUUAAAAAUUCAAAUUAUUUUUCUACAAUAGAAAAUUUUCUUUGUUCACUAAAUUCUUGGUCAUUUAAAUAUUUAUAUGAUAUGCCAGAAGAUAUUUUUCAAUUGGGUUAUGAAUUUUUAUCAUCAUUACUUGAAAUUUGGAGAAGAAAAUGUAGUGAUAAACCAAAAACAGAAAUUAUUAAAUUUUGUCGUUUACAAAUAAGUAUUCAUCAUCCAUAUCAUAGACGAAAUAUUUUACAAACAUAUGAUGAUAUCUGGAUGAAAAAUCUUCGCGAUAUCAAUGAUUUACUUUUGAGAGAAAUUGAUGAAAUCUGUCUUAAACGUGUGAAUAAUCGACAAAAUCAAAAUGAAUUUCUUAUUCGUUAUGAUUUACUUCAUUUAGCAAGUAGUGUAUUUUAUCAGCUUUGUUCAAAUGAAUUUAUAAUUAAAAAUGAAGCAAUGGAUAUUGAUGAUGAUGAAGAAUUAUUGGAACCUAGUCCAAAACGAACACGUUUUGAACAUUCAAUAUCUAUAUCAACAAAUUUGAAUGCACAAAUGAAAUCUUUUCAAAAUUUAUUUCAGUCAAUUGAUUCUCACCAUCAAGCUGUUGGUUUCCAAAUCCUUUCAUUACAACUUGAAAGAAAUAUAUUAUUAACUUCAACAGAUUGUGAUUAUUAUAUGAGUGUAAUUAAACGAUAUUUAACUGAUGAACGAAGACCUUCAUUAUUAGUAAAUGCACUUCGAUGUCUUCAUCUCCUUUUAAUUCAUACAUCAUAUUGUCAAUUAACAUCUGAUUUAAUUCUAUUAAUUCAACCAUUAAUUCAUCUACCCGUAUGUGAAUCAUAUGUUAUUGAAAUACUUUCAAAUAAAAAUUUAUCUUUAUCUCAACUUUGUUCAUGUUCAUCAAUAACUUCAUUAAAAUAUAUUUUCUAUUAUUUAACACUUUAUUCAAAUAAUCAAUAUUCAUUAGAUGAUAAAAAUAAAUUAAUUGAUAAGUUUCUACCAGAUUUAAUAAGUUUAUAUCGUAAUAAUGAACAUGAUUUAUCAAUAUUUUUUUCAUCUUAUUCAUCAGAAUAUACUCAUAUAUGUGCAUCAAUUCUUAUGCAAUAUAGUUCAUUAGAUAUUUUACCAAAUCAAUCAAAUAAAAAUCCAACAAAAGAUUUUCUUUCAAAUGAAUUUGAUCAAAUUGAAUUUCAAUGGUCUCAACUGAAAUUAUUAAAUUCUGUUAAUGAAAACGAAGAAAAAAAUAUUCAGUUAGAUUUUUAUUCAAAAAUGAAUACAUGCGAAUUAAAUCUAAAUAUUUUUAAACAAAUAAUAGAAAUCUAUGGAAAAAAUGUUCGAUUUAUUCAACAAUUAAAAGACAAACAUUUAGGUGAACGGAGUAAACUAAUUCUUCAUUAUGCAUUUCUUGGUAUUCAUAUGCUUAAUAUACUUCAAUUAUAUUUUAUUAAUUCUACACAUAAUGAUGAACAAAUAAUACGUUUUAUUGAAAGUAUUCAAAUAUUAUUUAAUGAAUUAACUGAUGAAACAAUUUUUAUAUUUACUAAAACUCAAGA